UAAACACUCAUUUAAUAUAAAACGUAAAUAUGAAAAGUACGCGAGCUUUGUUGAUAAAAGGCAAUUAAGAAAUAUUAAAGAAAAUGCACAAAAUAGCCGUGUCUUACAAUUUUGGGCAGAUGUCACCUAUCGCAAAGAAGAUGACAAAAGUAGCAAAAAUAGUAAGUUUAUGUUCAAAAAUUUAAUUACAAGAUUCCUCUUGGAACUUAAGUCAUGUGAUGAUCUGGUCCAACUUGACGAUUUUAAGAAACUUGUUAAUAAUAUAAUAAAAGAACAUCAUAAAGUUAUUAUACAAAAGACUCAAGAAACACUCAAAAAGGAGAUUAUUCAAAAAUGGAAAGAAUAA